GAAUACAGGUUGGGAUGAUUAUAAACAACACUGUUUGAAAUGAAACAUUUUCUGGAAAUCUAUGUAAUCCGUGAUGUGUGAAAGGCAGACAGACAAUAAAAAAAUAUUCAUGCAAUGUCCGGGGAACACCAUACAACAACUGCAACAACAUUUAUAACAAACAGCUCAUGCUCUUUUUCUACCCUAGAUGGGGCUAUGGGAUAAAUGGGGGCGUUUGUUUACGGGUUCGUACACCCCUCUAACCAACGUCAACUUUCAUGUGCCAGUUGCCUAGUGACGAAAAAGCCAGUGAUGAUUUCCUGUGUUUUAAAAAGCGUCUUGUAGGUAUAUUACCCUGCGCUAAAUAAGUUAGAAAUCUGAAUUUAUAGUGUGCAGAAAAUGGGAGAUAUUCACAGCCGUGUCUUCAAUUAGUUAACUAGAUUCUACCCUUUGAAUUUGGGGUAACAGUUAGACUGUACGAUUUGAAGUCAUGAAUAAUUACAUGUUUAUCAGAGUUGUUGGAAAGGGGAGCUAUGGAGAGGUGAAUCUGGUGAAACACAAAACCGACCGUAAGCAGUAUGUCAUAAAGAAGUUGAACUUGACCACGUCCUCGAAACGUGAGCGGCGAGCCGCGGAACAAGAGGCUCAGCUUCUCUCGCAACUACGACACCCAAACAUCGUGACAUACAGGGAGUCGUGGGAAGGAGAAGACUGCCAGCUCUACAUCGCCAUGGGCUUCUGCGAGGGAGGCGACCUCUACCAUAGACUCAAGCAACAGAAGGGGAAACUCCUACCUGAAAGGCAGGUGGUGGAGUGGUUCGUCCAGAUAGCUAUGGCCCUUCAGUAUCUACAUGAGAAGUGUAUCUUGCACCGGGACCUGAAGACCCAGAAUAUCUUUCUGACCAAGACUAACAUCAUCAAAGUGGGGGACCUUGGCAUCGCCCGUGUUCUGGAGAAUCAGAAUGACAUGGCCAGCACCCUCAUAGGAACACCAUACUAUAUGAGCCCGGAGCUGUUCUCCAACAAACCCUACAACCACAAGUCUGACGUGUGGGCACUGGGCUGCUGUGUGUAUGAGAUGUCCACCCUAAAACAUGCCUUCAAUGCCAAGGACAUGAACUCACUGGUGUACCGCAUUGUAGAGGGAAAGUUGCCUCAGAUGCCGAGUAAGUACGAUCCUCAGCUGGGAGAGCUGAUAAAGAGCAUGCUGUGUAAGAGACCAGAGGACAGACCUGAUGUCAAACAUAUCCUACGUCAGCCCUACAUCAAACGACAAAUCGCAAUGUUUUUAGAGGCCACCAAAGAGAAAACUGCCAAGUCCAUAAAGAAAGCUGUUGGUGGUAGUAGCAGCAGACCCACUGCAGCGUCUAUGGUUUCGUCUAAGCCCAGGCCUGAGCCCCCCCCUCAAUGUCCCCAGCCAGACCUAAACACCAAAGGGAAAAGGGAGAUGAACUCACAAAGGCGUAAUGGAUACAAUGGAAUCAUUAAAGACGCCCCACCCAAGACAUAUCUAACACCCAAAUUCCCUGCAUCAGACAUUCUCAACACCACUGGUGCAUCCUUAGCAACCAUCAGUAACAUUGACAUUGAUAUCCAGCCACAGGAAGAGGAGAGAAGGGCCCAGAGAGGGGAUCCCUCCCACCUUCGGCCUCCCCCUAGCAGGGUGCUAUCAGGUGUCAGUAGCAGGGUAGAGGAGAGGAGGACCGCCAAUGCACCUCUAAUGCAGUGUGCUUUGAAUCACAGAGACGGAGUCAGAACCUCUGUAGAGAAAACUGUGAACAUGGACGAUAAGGAUGACACAACGGAGCUACUCAAAGAUGUGGUCAUUGAGAGCCCUGCGCCUGAACAGAUCGUAAGUCUGAAUGUUUCCACCAGCUUGCCUGAAUCAAGUUCUGCAGGGGAAUUCAAAGUGGAAUACACUGGACAGACUUUUGAAGUAAAUAUUGAUAACAAAGAUGACACCAUGAAUCUUCUGAAGGAGGAUCCCACACAAAAACAUCCUGCAGAUGUCAGAGAGAGCUUGGAAUCCACAGAAAAGCUCCUAGAAACCCUUCCUCCUGUUAUAACACUGGAACCCUGUCACAUGGAGCACCUCUCUCCAGUCCCAGAGCAGGACACGCUCCCUAUGUGUACGCCUUCCUCCUCUGAGCCAUUUGUCUCCCGGCAACGCAGGCAGAAGGACAGGAGGUGGAUACAGAGUGAUCCGGACAAGUGUAAAGUGACAGGUCCUAGACCUCUACCGCCUCCUCCUGUUGAUGCAAUGGUAGUGGAGGAGAAGAAGAGGAGGGCUACCACAACAAACUCUUCCACAACCAUUAACUCCUCCAAGGACAGCAACAUUCCACUGACACAAGAGCGUCCUCUUUCAGCCAGGGAGAGGAGAAGACUGAGGCAGUCCCAGGAGAAUCCAAGCCAACCAGUAAGAAGGGCGUCGAAUGAGGUUGCCUCGUUACAUAAUAAGCAGCCAGAGUUCCAGAACCCCACUGUCAUUCUCUCUGUAUCUGACAUGGGCAAGGAAACAAACAAGCAAGACAGGUUGCUGGGGCGACCAUCUGACGACGAUGAAUACAGCUCCUCCACCAGCUCAACUGAUCACUCUGAGAGGGACUGCAAAGAGGGAAAGAGUGAAUCCAGUGAUUUGCAGGACCUGGUUCAGAGGAUGGCCCAUACAUUGCGAAUGGAUGGCAGAGAUGCUGUUAGUGAGCUGGGUGUUGGUAGAUCUGGCUCUACUCCACUGGCUGAGUUUAAGUUGAACAGGAAGUACAGGGACACACUGGUGCUGCAUGGGAAAGCUAGGGAGGAGCAGGAGUUCCACUUCAGUGAAUUACCCAACGGCACCACAUCUGGACCGGCGAAGGUCCGCAGAGCCAUUGAGCACCUGAGAACAGAUGUGGUGAAGGGACUGGGGGUGAAGCUGUUGGACAGAGUCCUGGAAAUAAUGGAGGUCGAUGACGAGGACAAACGAGAGCGGUGUCUUCGGGAGCAGAUGGGAGAGGACAAGUACCAGUCAUAUGCUCUGAUGGUGCGGCAGCUAAAGUUCUUUGAGGAUGUUUCGUUCAAGGGUUAGGUUCAGCUAAUGAACAAUGCAAUACUUUUGUAUAGACAAUCGCAUCUCCAUAUCCUAUGUAUAAGUUCAUGUAGACUAUUUUUAAACCUCACUUUAAAUAUAAAUACAUAAUCUAAUUUUCCAUAAAGGUUACAAUAUGCAAUGAGUCUUCUGUUACCAUUUUUCUACCUGUUAGGUAGAUUGAUUAUUGUAAUGAAAUAUUUAUAAUGCAAACUAGUGCAAUAAUAAAUGUACCUAUAAACACAUAGUAAAUUCUUAAUUGCCUGAUUGUAUAUAAGUUGCAGGACGUAGAAGGACUGUAUUGUAGAUAUUUCCAUCCCCUUUGUUUGACUUUAUAAAUCAUUUAAAGUUCUUUAUUUAUCCUUACAUUACAUAGAUUCUUAUAUCCACAUUAUUAAACCGUUGGGAUGAUAACAUGAGUGCAGUCUACAAAGUAUCCACAGUAGCAAAUCUGUUGAUUGUACAUUGACAUUCCACCACUGUUUGGCAUAAUACCCUGUAACAAAGGGUUCCUUUAAACAAGGAUUUAUUGUACAGACAUACGGUUAUUUUCAGUCACAAAACGUGUCUUGGGCAAACUGGUACAAACAGUCAUGAUCUACUUGUGCUUCUUCUUCUUCAGAUUCUCCUGAGGCUUUUGCAGGGUUUCUCCUGUAGUCUCUGGUAGGGCUGGCUGCCAGGAGAGGGGGUUCUGUCUGUACAUGGGCCAGGGGGGCAGGGUCAGC